GUGUGUCAGUGAUUCUGUGGACACCAUGAAAGGCUCCUUGGUCAGCAAAGUUAUAUUUUCGCUCAGCACCUUCAUGGUAGCUCUACCCUUCAGUGCUCUGAGUUACCAGCUAAAAAAUGGAAAAAAUGUGCACAAGGGCUACUACGACUCAACGGCUCAAUUCGUGCCCUCUGCUGCGCACCAAAGCUAUCAGCAAAGCCAAAACCACCCCCAUCGCCACGGGAGCAGAGCCGUGGCGGCCAACAACUGGGUUCCACGAGCUGCCCCUUACUAUCAGCCCCAAAGCAACCAACACUUCUCAAACCAUGAAGACACGCAAGCCACCUACGAUGAGCCCCAAGAGCACGCACCCCAACCCUCCCGUCACGAGCAAAUCUCUGCAGACACGCAUAGCUCACCUUCUUGGGGAGGAGCUGACGAGUCUUCUCACGGCGGAUCGAGGGUGCAUUUCCACGUAAAUGGCCACAAGGGACCCAAGUCAUACAGAUUUGGCUAUGACACAGGAAAAGGGAAGGCGCGUCAAUUCCGCUAUGAGGAACGCGAUAAUCAUGGUGUAGUGCAUGGCCGCUAUGGAUACCAUGACAAGCAUGGAAAAAUGCACGUUUUCCAUUACUCAGCUCAUCCCCAUCAUGGAUAUCAGGCUAAGGAAGUUGACCCUCACAAGUAUGGAAGAUAGAAAACUAGCAUUUCUUGCAGUGAAAAGUGUCACGAAUUUAACUAUUUUUAUUGAUCAAAAUAUGUGCUGUAACAUCAUCACACUUCAUCACACACCACGCAGCUUUCAUAAGAUUUUUAUUUUGCGUAAUUUCAGGUUUUUGAAUAAAUAACAUAUAAUAACGAAAA